AUGCUAACAAAACUUCCUCCCAUUUCCUCUCAUAGGAGCAUCACAACCGCACCAACAGCAACACCCACCAUCGCCCCCGCCGUCCUUACCGCCCCUCCGCCCGUCGACACCGCACUCGCGCUGGCAGGCGCCUCCCCAGCUAACGUUGUCGUCGCCCUCAAUCCGCCCACCGUACUCUUCGCACCCUGCACAAUCCUACUCGCAUCGCGCGACGUACUCGCAGCCGCCAUGACCGGCACACUCGUCUCCGUCGCGCCACAGACCCAAUGGCUCAAACUGCCCGCGAACAUGUUGACGCAGAACGGGGCGUCGGACGCACUGCACGCCAUGGCGCCGGGAUCGUCGAAGCACGACUUAUCGUCAAGACAGGAGGCCAGCGACGCCGAGUUGACGCAGCGGGUUAUCGGGGCGCAGGACGAGGAUGCGCAGCAUCCGAACCAGUUUGCGGAAGAUGAGGAGAGGCAUGUUGAUGCUGCGGUGCAGGAGAGGGGGAAUCCUGCACAUGCGUUAGUUUGUUUGGCUUCGGGGACUGGGUUCGGCACUGCGGAGUGA